AGGGGAAUCAGGCAAAGACGGUUUAAAGAGCUUUCCUUCCCUUGAAUGGGGAAGAGCGAGCAACUAGAAACCCUCUCUCCGGUUGUGCAUUGCCCGUCUUGGGGUCUGCCGAUCUGUUCCGAUCUGAUCUGAUCUGACUUUCACAUUCUGUAAUCUGUUUAGAAUGUGAAAAUGUAUAUGAAGACGCUGCUUGCUGUGGGGUGGGGAAGAGUGAAGCGCGUCUGGGAAUCAAUGGGGGCGUACGAGUUGUUGAGGGGGGACGAAGAGAAGGGUAUUGCAGAGAGCAAUAAGAGUAUUGGCAAUGGUUUGUCGACGGAGGAAGGGUACGGAGUCAAUGGGGUGGAGCUCGUCAAACGCCAUUCUUGUGGAGAAGAGAGCGUCGCCAGCAAGGCCAAGGGAGCGGGACAGAACAAGCGCCUCGCCUCACUUGAUGUCUUUCGUGGCCUUACGGUUGCGCUCAUGAUAUUAGUUGAUGAUGUUGGUGGGAUUGUACCUGCUAUCAGUCACUCUCCUUGGAAUGGUGUUACACUUGCAGACUUUGUAAUGCCGUUUUUUCUCUUCAUUGUUGGUGUUUCUCUUGGACUUGUGUAUAAGAAAGUACCUAACAGAGUUUCCGGUACACAGAAAGCCAUUUUAAGGGCCCUCAAGCUUUUGAUAGUGGGAAUUGUGCUUCAAGGUGGAUACUUUCAUGGAAUCAACGAUUUGACAUAUGGAGUCAACAUUGAGCAAAUGCGUUGGCUUGGCAUACUGCAGAGAAUAGCAUUUGGAUAUAUAAUUGCAGCAUUGUCUGAAAUUUGGCUAAGAAGCAAUUGUGAUAUGGAUUCUUCUUUGGGGCUUAUGAAGAAAUACUACAUGCAGUGGUUAGUCGCUUUGAUAUUAACUCUGCUUUACAUGGGGUUAUUGUAUGGGAUAUAUGUUCCUGAUUGGCAAUAUGAAGUGCCAGUAAUAAAAUCUUCUCCAUUGGAUCCAGGAUAUGAAACAUUUACUGUGAAGUGUGGUAUAAGGGGUGAUGUGGGACCAGCUUGUAAUGCUGUUGGUAUGAUUGAUCGUUAUGUUGUAGGCAUUAGACAUAUCUAUCAGCGUCCAGUAUAUAGGCGUACAAAGGAAUGCAGUGUCACCUCACCUGAAUCUGGUCCGCUUCCACCAAAUGCUCCUUCAUGGUGCCAGGCUCCUUUUGAUCCUGAAGGAAUUCUGAGCUCUAUAAUGGCAGCUGUUACAUGUUUUGUUGGAUUGCAUUUUGGCCAUGUUCUUGUCCAUUUCAAGGGCCACAAAGAGCGAAUGGUGCAGUGGAUUGUUCCUUCCUUAGGACUCAUAAUGUUUGGUUGUUUGUUGGAUGCCUUAGGAAUGCACUUGAACAAGUCUCUCUAUACGUUCAGCUAUAUGUGUGUGACUUCAGGCACAGCAGGCCUCCUUCUUGCUGGGACCUACUUGUUUGUUGACGUAUAUGGAUAUAGAUGUGUUACAAAAAUACUGGAAUGGAUGGGGAUGAAUGCGUUGAUUAUAUAUGUCCUGGCUGCAUGCAAUGUCUUUGCUGCAGCACUACAAGGAUUCUAUUGGAGAUAUCCUGAAUACAAUAUUAUAAAUUUACUGGGGAUCAAGCGCUAGGCACUGGAAUUGAUGAUACUUUAUGCAAUGAUUUCAGAAUUCGAUUCUGAAAACAAUAUCUGCUGUGAUUGGAAGAACUUAAAUGUGAACAAUUAUUUUUAAUGUUUAACAACAUUAACUAAAAGAAUAAAAAAAGCAGAUGCGAGAUAACAGAUGUGGUGCAUAAGGUAAAUUAGAGCAGGGCAUGGAGAGUCUGAUUUAAUGGUUGUUACGGAGUAUCUGUAGGAGGGUGGGGCAUUGAAGAGAUGCAGUGAAAGUCAAUGGAGAAUCUGUAACGAGGAUUCAGAUUAUGAAUGGCAAAGCUGGCUCAUUUAUUUCACGGUUUUCCUUUCUUUUGGUUUCUGGAGUACGAAAAUUCAUCCAGAAUAUUAAGGAUAUUUAAAGUACAGAAUCAUGAGAGGCUCAUAUAUGCAUCUGAUUGAUCUUUGUAAUAGAAACAUUGUUAUUUUUACGCAUACAUAUACGUGUAUAGAUAGAUUUUUUGCUUUUCUUGUGAA